AUGGGGCUCAUGCCAUUUUCAACAUCACGGGAGUCGGGUAUAUCGGCGGUGGCAUCGCCACCAGCGUUUGAGUGCGCUCUUCCCCGCGAAGGAGAGACACCGGAUGGGGCUGCAGGCGGCGAAGGGCAGCGGAAGCAAAGCGGGAUUGCGGGACCCAGCUUACGCACGGGUGCAAAUGAGUCUUUAGAAACGGGCCAUAGUGACGAAAUAGAGUGUUGGAUAUGUCGUUUAGGUGGAAGCACCGUCCAAAAUCCAUUGAUUACUAACGUGUGCAAAUGCCGUGGGUCUGUUGGCUGGGUCCACCGUGAGUGUAUUGACACCUGGGUGCUUUCACAGAAUCGCUCUAACUGCCCAAGCUGUGGAGCUGAGUAUAAGAUUCUUGCGAUAAGUAAGGUACGAUUGCCACAAACCUUCUUUGGAGAGUUAAACCUUCUCUUCUGGGAUUUCUUUCUGCCCUUGUCCUCCAAGGCUCUGACACUUUUGGUCGGUAGUGCGAUAAACGGUUUUGUCGUGCCGUGGGUUAUUGGCGCCACAUUUUAUCAUAAGUAUUUGUUUUUGGACCAGCCUGAAGUGUCCCAGGCAUUCAAUGCCUCCGCAGGCACUGACGGUAACAGUACCUCGUUGCAUCCUUUGCUGGAGGGUGGUGAGCAUGAUUCAUCUUUCAGUGGUGCUUGGCUUUGGUUUAGCGUUAUGGCUUACGGUUGGAUUUGGGUCUCACUGUGGCGGUGCACAAAGUUAGUAUGGGGUAGGUGGCAGGCUUUUUUUAAUGACACACACACGGUGUUUGCCACAGCAACAGAGGAGGAUGAAGAUAGUGAGGAAGCGGAGUACACACCGCACUCAAACACAAAUUUGGGGACAAUGCAUUGGAUGUUGGACUAUUGCUUGGAAUGGACAGGUAGUUCGCCAAACAUGCUCGUUUCACGGAUGGUGGAACUUGGUUUUCUUGUGCCGCUUUCAUUUAUUUUGCGAUACCCGCAUGGGCAGGUGCUAGUUACUUUAAUCCUGCUGCUGGGCCUUAUGCUUGGUUGCCUUGUAUACCCACGGAGACGUAUAACCAGUCCACAGCUUCGUUUUACAGAGGCUCAAGAGCAUAAGGAGGGUGCAACAGACUUGGACAUUGUCUUAUGGUACAUUGCCUAUGUCACAGAGAUGAUAUGUACCGCCAUGCUAUCCAUCUUUGCGGGGGUUGUUGUGCACUUUGCCUUGUCCCCAUACAUGCUAACGUUUCCGGCAUCGUUAUCGGCGUUCCUUGUUGAGCUGUCACUUACACGGGUUUUGGCUUAUUGGGUGACAGGACUCGUCUGUUGCGCGGUUUCGCUGCGGGUGGAUGGUGGCAUCAUCUUUCCUCUCUUUGCUCCGGGCGUCCAGUUAUAUUUUGUCCGCAGUAUGGACUCGGACCUGGAUGAUGAAGAAGAUUACUGGAUUUUUGUCUUGUCUCAAGUUAUUGACUUUGACCCGUUCCGAGCUGGCGUUGAUUUUGUCCGCCUGUGUUGCGUUGAGUUAACUGCUUUGUACGUGUUUUUGGCUGCCCCACUGUACGUCGUGUUUGCCGCAUAUGAGGCAAUGACAAAGGACACCGCGAGUGGACCUCUUACGCUACCACUUGCCUCUGGAUUCCCCGUGGUUAUGGUGGUACCGGGAAGCGACGGAGUUGCUGCGUGGUUGAACUCCGACCCCACCCCGGAAAUGAGUUCGUUGGUAGGCGGUUAUUCUGAACAUUUGUUUUUUCUCUUGGCGCAUCACCUCACGCGCUCCUUACGGGGGGUGUUGGCUUGGCUCAUGAAUGACCCUCACUGGUUGAAUUGUGUCGCAAAUGCACUGAUCGUUCUUGGUACAGGAACGGCUAUUUUAUGCAUGUGGUUAUUCCCCAUGAAACGCAUACAGUUGAAGGUCCUCCGAGGUGUGGCUGUGUUUCUUGCGCGUCAUGUUGUUCACCUGGAAGAUUAUCUUUUCGAUGCACAGCGCCUCUCCAUUCUUGACGACUGGUUGCAUGGCGAUGAUCAGUCCGAUCUCCCUUUUCCAGCGCUGCAGUUACCAGCGGUACUCCUCCCUCGGCAGUUUUCGCUGCCAUCGGGGUCGGUAUUACCAAAAUAUCUGAAGUUGCGUCUUGUGCUCUUCUCAUUUCUCUUCUUUGUCACCUCCAGUGCGUUGUUCUGGACGAUUCCCGUGGCGGCCAUGACGCUGCUUUUGGUGUUCUUGCCAUACUCAGUGCCGCUCGUAUGUAUCUCGACCAACCUGAUCUUUCUUGUAUUUAGCCCGAGAACACACGUUUAUGUAGCCGCCAACAUUUUGCUAUUGUGCGUCAUUUUUGUUCUCGGCGUCCCGCUGCAGUCGCUUUUUUUCUGUGCCUCUCUGUGGCAUUUCUCGCGGCUGCAGUUGGUGCUGGAUACGUUGGAGUUUGACCACAAGCUGUGGCGCACGGUGGGAGCGUACAGCGGCGAGGCGGGGGACGGUGCGUAG